AUGGUUCGACGUACACUUUGUGGUGUUAUCGAAAGUUCAAAUGAUCGUUGUGUUUUAGAAGCCGGUGAUGUUGUUAUUAUUACUCUCUGUGAUAUAACACUUUCGGAAUGGACUCGUAUUGAUUUUCCACAUAUACCUCAACGACAUAUUUUAUCAAAUAUUAAAUUAGAUGAUUGCAAUUAUUUUCCAAUACCAUUUACACUCUAUUAUAAUGAUAAAGAAAUUGAUCAAAAUCUUUGUUAUGGUAUACGAUGUGAUAUAUUAGAUAAAUCUAAACAAAUCAAAUAUAGUUCUGAAAGAUUUGUUCCGGUAUUAACUGAACAUUAUCCAAAAACAAAUGUAAAUAUUAUUGUUGGACCGCGAAAUAUAUCAUCGACAAAAGACAAGACACAUGAAGACAGUUAG